AUGAAAUUUAUAAAUCGAUGUUUAUUUAAGUUUUCUGUAAAUGUUAUUAGAGACUAAAUCUAUGAAUUUGACAAAAGCGCAAUUAGUUUAAGUGUUCGAAUUAAUAGCUUAAAAGAUUUCAAUGAUUUUCAAAAGUUAAGAGACUUAAAAAUACACCGAAUUAUUUAUAAUCUAAAUGAUUAAGCAGAACUAAUGGAUUUUUUGGCUUAGCAUAAUGAUGAGUGCAUAAAAAAAAUAUUUGAUCCCUCCUUUUUUAUAUGUAAGUCUAAGAAUAUAUGGAAAACUUAGUUCGUGGUGUUAGUGUAAAUGUUCCUACAAUACUGAGAGAUGGUAAUUUUAGAAAGUUAGAGUAGAAAGCAUUAUUAUAGAUUUGUUAACAUCUAUUUAAAUUGAAGACUGAUCAAAAUAAGACUCAAUUCUAAGUUUUUUUGGUAUAUUGAUUUAUUUAUUAUUAUGCAUUAAAACAUGAUGGAAACAUUAAUUAAGAGGAAUAGUUUUUGAGUUUAGUGAAAGAAGAGUUAGAUGAUUUAUAAAGUGUAAUAGAGAAUUCAUUCAAUUUUGAAGUGAAUCAUGUACUUAGUUAUAAUCCAAAAUUCACAUAUGAUAUAUUAUUUAAAUUGGCAAAUCAACAGAAAACUUUGAAAAGUGUAAAUUUUAACAUUUACAGAUACGCAAAUCCUUAACAAAGUGAAUUGGAUUAGAAUAGAGAAAUAUUGGCAACUCUUUAUUAACAUGUUAAUGAGCAAUACAAUACAAUAUUUUUGAAAAACUUUCUUUAUGAAGAUAAAUAUGUAAAACAAUAAAAUUUGUCGGAAGGAAUUGUUAGUUAUUCACAUGUAAUAAUCUAAAUUCUAAUGCAAUUUAGUUGGUAGAUAUGUUAAAGUUGAUGCAUUUCAGAGGUUCUUUGGUGUUUGAGUAUAAUAAAAAUUUGGACAGGAAUGUGGAAUUCAUAGACCAAUUGUUAUAAUCCAGCAAAUACAUAUUGUCUGAAAAACAUAAAUUAGGAGAAGAGCAUGAAUCUCACAUUGUGGAUGGAGAUACAAUGCCACCAAUUGAUAUUUGA